AUGGAUAUAAUGAAACAAACCUACCUCGAUUAUAAAACAAUGGUUAAUAAUAAUUCAAUAAAACGUUUAAUUAAUAUAGUUAAUAAUCUUGAAGAAAAAUUAUCAUCAGUUAAAUUAACAAAUGAUAAAUUAAAUGAACUAAUAUCAAUUGUAUCAAAAACACAUGAAACUAUUUCUCAUGAAUUAUCAAUUGUUAAAACUAUUUUAAAUCAAACUAUUAUGGAACAAGAAGAAGAUGAAAUAAUUCCAAUUGAUGGAACAAAAUCCGAAUGGGAUGAUGAUGAUGAUGAUGAUGACGAUGAUGAUAAGGAAUUUCAAUCAAGAAAAUUAAAUAAAAAUAUUCUACGAGAAAAUUCUCCAUUAAUUCGUCGAACUAAUCAUAUUAUAUUAAAUUCUGCAUCAUCAAAUGAUUCAUCAUUAAUAAUUGAAAAUAAUUCUAAUUCAUCAAUAAGUAAACGUUCAUCAAAUAUGAAAAAAUCUUCUCAACAAUCAUCAUCAAGAACAAAAUCUCCUAAAUCAGUUACAUUUAGUCUUGAUGAAAAUCUUCAUGAUGAUCAACAACAACAACAAGAACAACAUUUUAUUGAAUAUACUCAACAAUUACACAAUGAUACAAAAAAUGAAACAUUUGAUGAAAUAAUAACACCAAUUAUUCCUUAUUCAUAUUCUAAUUCAUCAAAACAAAAUCAAUUAGAAAUAAAAUCAAAAAUUGAAACAAUAACAAAAAAUAUUCGUAUUCAUGAAAUUGAACAAAAAAAUGGUGAUUAUCUUCGUUUAUUAAAUAUAUCAAAUUCUGAUGAUUAUGAUUUAAGUGGACAUUAUUUACAACAAACAAUUGAUUCAAAACAAUUUUCUUGUUUUAGAUUUCCAUUUAAUACAAUUAUUAGAGCUGGACAUACUAUUACAAUUUGGUGUGGUCAUUUUAAAGAUAUUAAUCCACAACCACCUUAUGUUUUUCUUUGGAAAGAACAAAAUAAAUGGCAAACAGAACCAUUAUGUCUUACCAUUUUGGCUAAACCAAAUGGACAGCCAAUAGCAUCAUAUAGAAACUCUCCUCAUAUUGAUCCAGAUCAAUCAUCAAGUGAUAUUCUAUUUUUACACUCAAAAUCUACAACAGGAUCAUCAGAUGUAUCCAAUAAUUCACCGAGUUCAAUUAAUUCUCAUAUAAAUAUGAGGCAAAGUCGUUAUUCAACAUUUAAUAGAAAUGGAAAUAAUAAACCACCAUUUGCACAUUCACCAAAUAAUCCAAUACAUCCUGAUCAUAAUGGUACAAUUAUGAAUAUGCCCAAUGAUCUUCGUUCUCAAACGAAUCAAAGAGUUUCUGUUAGAUUUUAUUGA